AUGACUACUCAUUAUCAUCCAGGCAAGACAAAUGUUGUAGCAGAUGCCUUGACUCGGAAGGCGGUAAGUAUGGGUAGUCUAGCCAUGUUACAGGUUCGCAAGCGUCCUUUAGCUAGGGAUGUCCAAUCCUUGGCGAAUAGCUCUAUGAGACUUGACAUUUCAGAAACUAGUAAGGUGUUGGCUUAUAUGGAGGUUGGAUUGAUCAUGGAAGAGGCUCAUAGUUCGAGGUACUUUAUUCAUCCGGGGGCUACUAAGAUGUAUCGUGACUUGAAGCAGUAUUAUUGGUGGUGCCGUAUGAAGAGGGACAUAGUAGAUUUUGUAUCCAAGUGUCUGAAUUGUCAGCAAGUGAAGGAUGAACACCAAAAGCCUGGAUGUGUGACACAGAGGAUGCCUAUACCUGAGUGGAAGUGGGAGCGUAUUGCUAUGGCUUUGUGGUGUCCAUCCUCUAUUUCAUAUUUCGAUGCUGAAGAAGUAUCAUCAGGGUGGUGCUCCUGUGAUUCAGUGGGAUUAAGUGUUACUUGA